CAGUGGGGGCUGGGUUUUCCUCUGUCCAUUUUCUGGGGUGUAGGCAUAUUACCUACGUGUGUUUUUUAAGAAAGAGUCUUUUUUAUGUCGAUUGAAAUUUGGUUAUAAUCCUGAUAGAGUUGGCAUCUCAGCUGGCAUAGACAACUCUGUCCCUGUUGAAAUCACUGGAUAGCAGCAGUGGAGUUAAGUGACACCUGACGAUUCUCAUCGUUAGCGGUCAGGUCUGCAACAUGCCCGUAGUAGUACAUGAGUUAGGUUAUUAGGAGGGUGCCGGCCAAAUAGCAGCUCCCUGGGCCUCCUAAUUAUUGGCUCAGCCUUUCCCACUCUGCCUAAUGAAAGAUUAGGAAAGGCCAAGAGACUUGCCUCGGGUGGCUCUGGGAGUUGUGUCGGUGGCAUACACCUAGGAAGCAAAGGUAUUCUUUGGAAUGAUAAUACUUCAUGUAGAUAAAAGCUGCAGUCACUAUCGUACGAGUGUCAGCUUGAAGCGGAGAAGGAGGGGUUUCGGUGGUUUGCCCUGACUUACAGUUAUGGUAGCUAUGGCCAGUGCCAGCUGGCUCUAGCAGAAGCCCAAACUUCCCAGGGAUCACAUCAGCAAUUUCCAAUUUUCAGUUCUGUGACAGAGGCUUCUUAAAAGCUUAAACCCUUGUCCCAAUGACGUCAAGUUCGCCCAUUGGCUUGGAAGGUUCAGACUUGUCUUCCAUCAACACCAUGAUGUCAGCGGUAAUGAGUGUAGGGAAGGUCACGGAGAAUGGCGGGAGCCCCCCGAGCGUCAAGUCCCCCGCGAAGCCACCAGGACCAAAUCGGAUUGGCAGGAGGAACCAGGAAAUGAAAGAGGAGAAGUCUUCCUAUAACUGUCCCCUGUGUGAAAAGAUUUGCACUACACAGCAUCAGUUAACUAUGCACAUUCGUCAGCACAACACGGACACCGGAGGGGCAGACCACUCGUGCAGCAUCUGCGGGAAGUCGCUGAGCUCGGCCAGCUCCCUGGACCGUCACAUGCUGGUGCACUCCGGCGAGAGGCCUUACAAGUGCACUGUGUGCGGCCAGUCUUUUACCACCAAUGGGAACAUGCACAGACACAUGAAGAUCCAUGAGAAGGACCCGAACAGUGCUGCUGCUGCAGCCCCUCCUUCCCCACUGAAGCGCAGGCGGCUGUCCUCCAAAAGGAAACUGAGUCACGAUGCCGAGUCGGAGAAGGAAGACCCAGCACCUGCUAAAAAGAUGGUAGAAGAUGGGCAGUCGGGUGACUUGGAAAAGAAGGCUGAUGAAGUGUUUCACUGCCCAGUAUGUUUCAAGGAGUUUGUUUGCAAGUAUGGACUGGAGACCCACAUGGAGACCCACUCAGAUAACCCACUAAGAUGUGACAUUUGCUGUGUCACCUUUCGGACACAUCGAGGAUUGCUACGCCACAAUGCGCUUGUCCACAAACAGCUUCCCAGAGACGCAAUGGGAAGGCCUUUCAUCCAGAACAACCCUUCCAUUCCUGCUGGCUUCCAUGACUUAGGAUUCACUGACUUCUCCUGUAGGAAGUUUCCUUGGAUUUCUCAGGCCUGGUGUGAAACAAACCUGCGAAGGUGCAUCAGCGAGCAGCACCGUUUCGUCUGUGACAUCUGCGACAAGGCGUUCCCCAUGCUCUCCUCGCUCGCCCUGCACAAGCCGACUCACAUCGCUGCGGACCAGGGACGGGAAAGACUGCAGGCCAAGAGCCUGUCUGGCGAUGCCCUGGAGCAGAAGGUCUUCCUGGCCUUGCUGGGCCUGCAGCACACCAAAGACAGCAGGCCUGUUCCGGCCGAGGAGCCCCUGCCGGACGACAACCAAGCAAUACAGCUCCAGACACUCAAGUGUCAGCUACCUCAGGACCCUGGCUGCACCAACAUGCUGAGGCUGUCUCCUUUUGAAGCUGCUUCCCUGGGCGGUUCUCUCACGGUGCUCCCGGCUACCAAGGAGGGCAUGAAGCACCUGUCCCUGCAGCCCUUCCAGAAGGGCUUCAUCAUCCAGCCCGACAGUAGCAUUGUGGUCAAGCCCAUCUCCGGGGAGUCCGCCAUCGAGCUGGCGGACAUCCAGCAGAUCCUGAAGAUGGCAGCCUCAGCGCCGCCUCAGAUCAGUCUUCCGCCUCUCUCCAAGGCCCCUGCGGCCCCUCUACAGGCGAUUUUCAAACACAUGCCCCCUCUGAAGCCAAAGCCCCUGGUCACACCACGGACGGUGGUGGCCACCUCCACGCCCCCGCCGCUCAUCAAUGCCCAGCAGGCCUCCCCGGGCUGCAUCAGCCCCAGCCUGCCCCCGCCGCCCUUGAAGCUCCUCAAAGGCUCCGUGGAAGUGGCCUCCAGCACCCACCUGCUGCAGACCAAGCCCGGGGCCCAGCCAAACACGGCCAUGCAGCUCUUCCUGCAGCAGCCACGGGUGGAUCUGCCAGGCCAGGCCGAGAUGAAGACGCAGCUGGAGCAGGACAGCAUCAUCGAGGCCCUGUUGCCCCUGAACAUGGAGGCCAAGAUCAAGCAGGAGAUAACGGAGGGGGACCUCAAAGCCAUCAUGACGGGCCCCAGCAGCAAGAAAUCGCCGGCCAUGCGCAAGGUGCUCUACCCCUGCCGCUUUUGCAACCAGGUGUUUGCCUUUUCGGGGGUCCUGCGUGCACACGUGCGCUCCCACCUGGGCAUCUCGCCUUACCAGUGCAACAUCUGCGACUACAUCGCUGCCGACAAGGCCGCACUCAUCCGCCACCUGCGUACGCACAGUGGCGAGCGGCCCUACAUCUGCAAGAUCUGUCACUACCCCUUCACGGUCAAGGCCAACUGCGAGCGGCACCUGCGCAAGAAGCACCUCAAAGCCACCCGCAAGGACAUUGAGAAGAACAUCGAGUACGUGACCAGCAGCGCGGCUGAGAUGGUGGACGCCUUCUGCUCCCCGGACACGGUGUGCCGGCUGUGCGGCGAGGACCUGAAGCACUACCGCGCCCUGCGCAUCCACAUGCGCACGCACUGCGGCCGUGGCCUGGGCGGCUGCCCCAAGGGCCGCAAGCCUUUCGAGUGCAAGGAGUGCAGCGCCGCCUUCUCGGCCAAGCGGAACUGCAUCCACCACAUCCUUAAGCAGCACCUGCAUGUGCCCGAGCACGACAUCGAGAACUACAUCCUGGCAGCUGAUAGCCUGGGCCCCAAGGAGGCCCCAGUGGCUGAGGCCUCGGGGAGGAUGGAGGAGGGGACCGGGGCCUUUGGCGAGCGCAAACCCCUUGCCACCUUCCUGGAGUCCCAGAAUGGCUAUCUUCAUGGGGGCCCCACCCAGCCGCCACCGCCUCAUGUCUCGGUCAAGUUGGAGCCCGCUAGCAACUUCGCAGUGGACUUCAAUGAGCCCUUGGACUUCUCCCAGAAGGGCCUGGCCCUGGUCCAAGUGAAGCAGGAAAACGCGGCCUUGUUCCUAAGCCCCUCUUCCUCGGCCCCCUAUGACUACUCCAUGGAGCCCAUUGACCUGUCUAUCCCCAAGAACUUCAGGAGAGGAGACAAGGAGUUGGCUGCUCCCAGCGAAGCCAAGAAGCCUGAGCAGGAAGCCGAGAGCAGGGACGUACCCUCUCCCUGUCCACCACCGUGCCCUACCCUGCCAGUGACCUUGGGCCCCAGUGGGAUCCUGGAAAAAUCUGUGGCCCCUGCGGCAGCAGCCUUGACAGCCACCACUCUGGAAGCCCACGCUCAGCCCCUGCAGGGCUCCGUCCAGCUUGCUGUCCCCAUUUACUCAUCAGCUCUUGUCAACAGCUCUUCCCUCUUGGGCAACUCUACCCUCAUAAGCAGUCCAGCCUUGUUGCGGCCGCUGCGCCCCAAGCCCCCCCUGCUCUUGCCAAAGCCCCCCGUGACAGAAGAGCUACCCCCACUGGCCUCCAUUGCCCAGAUCAUCUCAUCCGUGUCCUCAGCCCCCACCUUGCUGAAAACCAAGGUGGCUGAACCAGGGCCCACAAGCACCAGCAGUAACACCACAGCUUCAGACAGCUUAGGAGGCACCAUCCCCAAAGCUGCCACCGCCUCCACCGACACCACCAGCCCAAAAGAACCCAGCAACCCACUCCCUGCUGCCAACAGUCCAGAGGCAGCCUCUCCCACGGAGCAGGGACCAGCUGGCUUGUCAAAGAAGAGGGGCCGGAAAAGGGGGCUGAGGAGCCGCCCCCGCGCCAGCAGUGGUGGGGUAGACCUAGACUCCAGCGGGGAGUUUGCCAGCAUCGAGAAGAUGCUGGCCACCACAGACACCAACAAGUUCAGUCCAUUUCUACAGACCACGGAGGACAGCGCCCAGGAUGAGGUGGCUGGUGCCCCCGCUGACCACAACGGACCCAGUGAUGAAGAGCAAGGCAGCCCCCCGGAAGACAAGCUGCUGAGGGCCAAGCGGAACUCCUACGCCAACUGCUUGCAGAAGAUCAACUGUCCCCACUGCCCCCGCGUCUUCCCUUGGGCUAGCUCCCUCCAGAGGCACAUGCUGACACACACUGGUCAGAAACCCUUCCCUUGUCAAAAAUGCGAUGCCUUCUUUUCUACCAAAUCUAACUGUGAACGCCACCAGUUGCGCAAACACGGAGUUACCAACUGCUCCCUGAGAAGAAACGGGCUUAUCCCCCAGUCAAAAGAGAGUGAUGUUGGACCCCAUGAUAGCACAGACAGCCAAUCCGAUGUGGAGACAUCAGCCACAGGAGGCGAAGUGCUGGAUCUCACGUCUCGGGAGAAAGAGCAGCCGUCAUCAGAGGCGGCCCCUGAGCCUGGCCAAGCCAAAGAGGGGCUCCCCGGGGAGGAGGUGACUCCCGGAGCAGCAGAGCCUGUAGAUAGGGAGGAGCUGGGAGGCGAGGAGACCCCGGAGCCGGAGGAGAAGCAUAGUGUGGAGGAGAGGGAUGCGGAUGCCGACGGCCCUGAGGAAGACACCGUCAGCAACAAGAGCCUGGACCUCAACCUGGCCAGCAAGCUCAUGGGCUUCAAGCUGGCCGAGGGUGACACCGGAGCCGUGGGCAGCGGAGGCGUGGCCCAGCAGGACCAGAAGCAUGCCUGUGAUAUCUGUGGCAAGAGCUUCAAGUUCCUGGGGACCCUGAGCCGCCACAGAAAGGCCCAUGGCCGGGAGGAGCCCAGGGAGGACAGUGCGCUCCCUCGGGAGGGCCAGGGUGAGAGUGGGGCGGCCGAAGGGCCACUGCCUGUGCCCGCCACCCCUGCCCUCGAGCCGGAGGACAAUCCCCAGCCCCCAGCUGAUGGGGAGGCCGCGUCAGAAGGCUCAGCGGAGAAGCAGAGUGAGGAGGCCGAGGGCAUCUCUGACGGGGAGGGCACGGCCGAGAAGAAGUCCUCCGAGAAGAGUGAUGAUGACAAGAAGCCAAAGACAGACUCCUCCAGAAGCGCACCCAGCAAGGCGGACAAGAGGAAGAAGGUCUGCACUGUGUGCAACAAGCGAUUCUGGUCUCUGCAGGACCUGACCCGGCACAUGAGGUCCCACACGGGAGAAAGGCCAUACAAAUGUCAGACCUGCGAGCGAACCUUCACCUUGAAGCACAGCCUGGUUCGCCAUCAACGGGUCCACCAGAAAACCAGGCACGCCAAACACCACGGGAAGGACAGCGACAAAGACGAGCGGUGUGAUGAGGACAGUGAGAGCGAGUCCACCCACAGCGGCAACAACCCCGUCUCGGAGAAUGAGGCUGACUCUGCUUUGCUAGCCAGCAACCACGUGGCUGUCACCCGGAGCCGGAAGGAGAGCCUGGCCAAGGAUGCCAGCCGCAGGGAGGAGAGGGCGGCAGGUCGGACGGCUGGUGCCGGGCAGGCGGAAGCCAGCAGGAGUGCCCCCAAGACCACUCCCGCGGGCAGCCCCAAGGAGCAGGCGCCACAGGGUGACCCUGACCCAGAGAGCCCGGCCGCCCUGGUGCAGGACCUGCUGGAGCUGCACAGCCAGAGGCCUGCCCACCCCAUCCUGGCCACCGCGGAUGGCGCCUCGCCACUCCUGGGAAUGGAAUGACAGCUCGCACUGUCCCCCAGCACACAGACAAAAGCCAGCAGAGCAAAGUAUCCUGAAUCUAUGUUUCAUGAGGUUUCCUCAGUGCCCUUCAGCUGUCUGGGAGUGAGAAAGAGAGAGAGACAAGCAGGGGCAGCCGACGCUUGGUGCCAUAGCCUUACACGUGCCCGUGCAGGAGACCAGCACGGACGAUUCGAGUGCCUUAACUACUUACUGGUCCUUCAGUGUCGUCCUGGGUGUUGCGUUUUCCCAAAAUGACUAUAAAACAGAGCAAAUAUUUUAAUGAAUUAUUUGGACAGGACCUUUUCAUUUAAGCAUUAACGUUACCUUCUGUGUUGGUGUGUGUGAGCUUGUUCUUGCGAAUCUGUGAUAGUAACGUUUGUUCUGUGAGCUGGAAACAAGAAAACACAUGCCCUUGGACACUCAUAGCCAAUAACUGGAAGAAAAUGAUGUGAAUUUCAUGUAAAUUACCAGAGGAAAUAUGGAUGAGAUAUGCUUAUUUCUUGAAUAGACCUUCUUUUUCUUUUUUUGUCUGCUACAUGAUGGAGCUAUAAUUUGGC